AUGGCUUCAUUUCAAACUUCCUGUCACCUUUCAAAAGAUUCAACAUCAGAACCAAUAACUGUAGCUAAAACUGAAGCUACCAGUCAAACAAAUAAAUCGACACAUUUACCAAAGAUUUACACACGUACUGGUGAUCGAGGUACAUCAGCUUUGUUAGGUUCGGGUUCAAAUCGUGUCUCAAAAGAUUCAUUGGUGUUCGAUGUUCUUGGUACUCUUGAUGAAUUGUCAUCCGUCAUUGGCAUUGCUCGAUCGACUUGUUCUUUUCCUGAAAUAUCGAAAGAUUUGGAGAAUAUUCAAUGUUGUCUUUUUGAAAUUGGUUCAUGUGUUGCUGCAGGUAAUCGUUCAUCACGUUUUGUCUUCAAUGAUUCAACAUUAAUUGAACAUUUGGAAAAACAAAUCGACCAGAUGACUGAAGAAUUACCUCCACUACGUAAUUUUAUCUUGCCUGGAGGUAACAGUCAAGCAGGUUCGUAUCUUCAUUUUUCUCGUGCUGUUUGUCGUCGAUGUGAACGUUUACUAACCAAAUGGUCGCACGAUCAAACUGAAGAACAACAAGAAACGAUAAUGGGAAUUUAUUUGAAUAGACUAAGUGAUUAUUUAUUNUGCCAUUGA